GAUACACAGCGAGAGGGACACACACACAGAACAGAAGCGCGCGCACACAAACCCAGACGCACGCAUGCAGACACAUAGGCUAUCUGGCUGUACAACGGAAUACUGGCUCAUGUGUGUACAUGUACACACAGAGAAAAGUGUUUAGAACUUAAUUAAGGAGUAGAUAUCGGACAAUGGAGCGGGAGUUGUGGAUCUAACGCGGCGGCGCAGAGGACUUGCAAUGGGCGGUGUGCUGCUGGAGCUGCUGCCGCUGCCGCUGCUGCUGCUGCUGCUGUGGAGCUGCCUGCCGGCGGCGGUUCACGGCUCACCUCUCCUCCUGUUUGCCAACCGGCGUGACGUACGAUUGGUCGAUGCAGAGGGCGUGCGGGGGGAGUCGGCCAUCGUUGUUAGUGACCUGGAGGAUGCAGCAGCGGUGGACUUCCUGUAUUCUGAGGGCCUGAUAUUUUGGACAGACGUCAGUGAGGAGGCCAUCAAACAGACACACUGGAAUCAGUCAUCCAACUCCCUUAAAGAGGCGCUGGGAACGGGCCAGACUGUGGUUGUAUCAGGGCUGGACAGUCCCGAUGGGCUGGCCUGUGACUGGUUGGGCAGAAAGCUCUACUGGACAGACUCGGAGACCAAUCGGAUUGAAGUGGCCAACCUAGACGGCACCUCCAGGAAGGUCCUGUUUUGGAUGGACUUGGACCAGCCCAGGGCUAUCGCUCUCAACCCUGCUCAACGUUACAUGUACUGGACAGACUGGGGAGAGGAGCCCAGGAUAGAGCGUGCUGGUAUGGACGGCAGCAACAGGAAAGUUAUCGUGGUGGUGGACAUAUACUGGCCCAACGGUCUGACCAUAGACCUGGUGGAACAGAAGCUGUACUGGGCCGAUGCCAAACUUAGCUUCAUUCACAGAGCCAACCUGGACGGAUCCGCACGUGAAACAGUGGUGGAGGGCACGCUGACCCAUCCGUUUGCUCUAACUCUGUCUGAGGAGACCUUAUACUGGACCGACUGGCAGACCCGCUCCAUCCACGCCUGCAACAAACACAGUGGAGACAAAACCAGAGAGAUCCUCAGUGGGAUUUACUCUCCUAUGGACAUCCAGGUCCUGGAGGCCCAUCGGCAGCCUUACAUCCAGACUCCCUGUAGUGACACUAACGGAGGCUGUAGUCAUCUCUGCCUGCUCUCUCCAGUCCAGCCCUUCUACAGCUGUGCCUGCCCCACAGGAGUCCAGCUGAAACCAGAUGGAAAGACAUGCAAACCAGGAGCAGAGCAGGUUCUUCUGCUGGCUCGACGGACCGACCUGAGGAGAAUCUCACUGGACCUGCCGGACUUCACUGACAUAGUACUACAGGUUGAUGACAUCCGCCAUGCCAUAGCUAUAGACUAUGACCCGGUCGAGGGUUACGUCUAUUGGACAGAUGAUGAGGUUCGCGCCAUCCGGCGGUCCCACAUCGAUGGCAGCAAUGCCGUGGUGCUGGUUACCACGGAGAUCAACCACCCAGAUGGCAUUGCUGUGGACUGGGUGGCCAGAAACCUGUACUGGACCGACACUGGCACUGACAGGAUUGAGGUCACCAGGCUGAAUGGAACCUCUCGGAAAAUUUUGAUUUCUGAGAACCUGGAUGAACCCAGAGCCAUCGUCCUGGACCCAGUUAAUGGCUACAUGUACUGGACCGACUGGGGCGAGCAUCCCAAGAUCGAGCGGGCCAACCUGGAUGGAACAGAGCGGCUGGUUCUGCUCAACAGCUCUCUGGGCUGGCCCAAUGGACUGGCUAUAGAUCACGCCGCAGGAAAGCUAUACUGGGGAGAUGCUAAAACGGACAAGAUAGAGGUGAUAAACGUGGACGGCAGUAACAGACAGACUCUGCUGGAGGACAAGCUGCCUCAUAUCUUUGGUUUUACUCUGCUGGGGGAUUACAUCUACUGGACCGACUGGCAGAGACGCAGCAUCGAGAGGGUCCACAAAGCCACGGCUGUACGGGAGAUCAUCAUCGACCAGCUGCCGGAUUUAAUGGGGCUGAAGGCCACUAAAGUGACGGAGACUUACGGUACAAAUGGCUGUGCGCUGGAUAAUGGUGGAUGCAGCCACCUGUGCUUCUGGUGUCGGCAGGCUGUCAGCUGUGCCUGUCCCAUGGGGAUGGAGCUCCUCUCAGACCUGCAGACCUGUGUGGUGCCUGAGGCCUUCCUGCUCUUCACCAACAGGGACAACAUCAGGAGUAUCUCUUUGGGUACCAACAGCAACGACGUGGCCAUCCCUCUGACUGGAGUUAAAGAGGCGUCCGCUCUCGACUUCGAUGUCUCUGAGAGGAGAAUCUACUGGACAGACAUACAGGCCAAGACGAUCAGCAGAGCGUACAUGAAUGGCAGCUCUGUCGAGCAUGUCAUAGAGUUCGGGCUGGACUACCCAGAAGGCAUGGCAGUUGACUGGAUGGGGCGUAACAUCUACUGGGCCGAUACAGGCACCAACCGCAUCGAGGUGGCCCGGCUGGACGGCCAGUACCGGCAGGUUCUGGUCUGUAAGGAUCUGGAAAACCCGCGCUCACUGGACAACCCGCGCUCACUUGCACUGGACCCGGCCAAUGGCUACAUGUUCUGGACAGAGUGGGGGGGUCGGCCUCGUAUAGCCAGAGCCUACAUGGACGGCAGCACCAUCACCACCCUGGUGGAUAAAGUGGGCCGGGCCAACGGACUGACCAUCGACUACGUAGACCAUCGGCUCUACUGGACUGACCUGGACACAUGCAUGAUAGAAAGCACCAACAUGCAAGGCCUCCAGAGGGAGAUCAUAGUGGACGACCUCCCUCACCCCUUCGGUCUGACUCAGUACCGAGAUUUCAUCUACUGGACGGAUUUCAACCUGCGCAGCAUUGAACGGGCAGACAAACGUAGCGGACUCAACCGCACUGUGGUGCUGCAGGGCCAGCUGGAGCUGAUGCUGGACAUCCUGGUGUUCCACUCGUCCCGUCAGGAAGGAACCAACGAGUGCUCCCAUAACAACGGCAACUGUGCCCAUCUGUGCCUGGCCACGCCCGCUGGGGCCCAGUGCCGCUGUGCCUCCCACUACACUCUGAACCCUGAUGGACGAAACUGCAGCUCUCCCUCCAGUUUCCUGCUCUUCAGUCAGAAGGCGAGUAUCAGCAGGAUGGUGUUGGGAGAGCAGAGUCCUGACAUCAUCCUGCCCAUCCACGUCCUGAGGAACGUCCGGGCUGUCAGCUACGACCCGCUGGACCGGCUGGUCUACUGGCUGGAUGGACGGCAGAACAUCCGCAGGGCCAGAGACGAUGGAGCCAUGUCCUCCAUGAUCGGGAGCAGCGGCGCUCAGCCAGCGGACAACCAGCUCCACGACCUGAGCCUGGACCCCUACAGCCGCCACGUCUACUGGACCUGCGAGACCACCAACACCAUCAACGUCCAGCAGAUGGACGGACACACUGUGGGCGUGGUCCUGAAGGACGAUAGCGACAAGCCGCGGGCCAUCGUGGUCAACGCGGAGAAAGGGUACAUGUACUUCACCACGGUGCAGGAGCGCUCAGCUAAGAUCGAAGGAGCCAGUCUGGACGGGACGGAGAGGGAGUCUCUGUUCACCACGGGUCUGAUCCGACCUGUGGCUCUGGCUCUGGACAACAAACUGGGAAAACUGUUCUGGGUCGACGCCGACCUCAAACGCAUCGAGAGCAGUGACCUGACAGGAGCCAAUCGCAUUGUCCUCCAGGACUCCAACAUUCUGCAGCCCAUGGGGCUGACCAUUCUGGGGGAGCAUCUGUACUGGAUCGACCGGCAGCAGCAGAUGAUCGAGAGGGUGGACAAACUGACUGGAGACGGACGCACGCGCAUACAGGGACGGAUAUCAUACCUGACCUCCAUCCACGCUGUGGAAGAGAUGGACCCCCAGGAGUUUGCAUCCCACCCCUGUUCCCGCGACAACGGGGGCUGUUCCCACAUCUGCAUUGCUAAGGGAGACGGCACCCCCCGCUGCUCCUGCCCCAUGCACCUGGUGUUACUGCAGGACCUGCUACACUGCGGAGAGCCUCCCACCUGCUCCACCGAGCAGUUCACCUGCUCCACCGGUGAGAUCGACUGCAUUCCCAUGGCCUGGCGCUGCGACGGCUUCCCCGAGUGUGACGACAGCAGCGACGAGGAGAACUGCCCUGUUUGCUCCGCCGCCCAGUUCCAGUGUGAUAAAGGAGGCUGCAUUGAUGCCCAGCGGCGCUGCAACGGGGAACCGGACUGCGCCGAUCACUCUGAUGAGCAGGACUGUGAAAUCAUCUGCCCUCCGAACCAGUUCCGCUGCGGUGACAACCAGUGCAUCACUAAGAAACAACAGUGCGACAACUACUCUGACUGUCCCGACGGAUCAGAUGAGCUCGCCUGCGAGUAUGUGUCUCCCCCCUCCAGUGGCAUCCCUAACACCGGGCCCAACACCAUCGGCCCAGUCAUCGCCAUCAUCCUGCUCGUCUUUGUGGUCGCAGGAGCUUACUUUGUCUGCCAGCGUGUGGUGUGUCGCCGCUACAAGGGCCCCAGUGGGACGUUCCCUCACGAGUACAUCAGUGGUACACCCCAUGUGCCGCUGAAUUUCAUCGCCCCCAGCAGCUCGCAGCACGGCACCUUCCAAGGUAUCUCCUGUGGGAAGUCCAUGAUGAGUUCAGUGAGCCUGAUGGGCAGCAGCAGCAGCGGAGCUCCUCUCUACGACAGGAACCAUGUGACCGGAGCCUCGUCCAGCAGCUCCUCAUCUACCAAGGGAGCCUUCUACCCUCAGAUCCUGAACCCUCCUCCGUCCCCGGCUACUGACCGCUCUCUCUACAACACAGAGAUCUUCUACUCCUCCAACAGUCCGUCCACCACCAGAUCAUACAGACCCUACCACCCAGUCCGAGGCGCCGCCCCCCCCACCACCCCCUGCAGCACCGAUGUCUGUGACAGCGACUACACCCCCCACCACCCGCCGGUUGGGCUGGUGUCAUCGGCGGGCCGCUGGAAGGCCGCGGGCCACACUGCUCACAGCAAACAAAAGUACUACAUAGACCUUAACUCGGACUCGGACCCCUACCCCCCGCCGCCCACCCCCCGCUCCCAGUACCUGUCGGCGGAGGAGAGCUGCCCCCCAUCCCCUUCCACCGAGCGCUCCUACUUCCACCUGUGCCCCCCGCCUCCCUCACCCUGCACCGACUCCUCGUGACCCCCCAUCAGCCCCGGAGCCCUGUGAGGAAGGACGCAGUCCACCUAAUGCAAGAACUGGCUUCGUGUGGCCCGUGGAACCAGGGAAAGAACUCCAAGGGCCAACUUCCAGCCCUGGGGGGCCCACACGUGUUGCGUUAUAUCAGCUGCUUAGGCUCAAGUGCCUUGCUCAAGGUGCCUACGUCCCACUUUGGUUAUUUCAUCAUUCCAGUCAUCUUGGAGCUGUCAGGGUGACCAUCAUGUGAUCAGUCCUCAGUAGGGCUGGGUACCGAAUUCAAUACGUUUUAGGCACCGACUGAAUGGCCUCCUUAAUAUCAAGUAUCGGAAAAUGCCUCGUCAUUCAAUGCCCAAUUUGAAUCCCUAAGGAGUAAAUGUCAUCAGCGUCAGUGAGCCAAUCAGCACGCAGC